AUGGCCCGCGAAAGUCAAGUUAAGAUAUACGGCAACAAUCGGAGCGACGAUUCACACGCGGCCGACGAUCAAUCUGUCCUCCAAAACAAUGCACAGCUAGACCAAAACUCAUCGUCCCAAUCUCCCGAGGCCUUUGAGGAUGACUUGGAAGCCUCUGGCAAGGAAAAUGGAAGGCCAAGGCGCGUCAAGCGCGCCCGCGCCUGCAUUGCUUGCAGAAACAUGAAAAUCCGAUGUCUACCGGUGGAAGGACAGGAUGCAUGUAGCAGUUGUGCCAAGGUCAACAGGGAAUGCAUCAUGCCAGGUCCUCCUCGAAAGCGCCAGAAAACCGUCCAUAAAGUGGCCGAACUGGAGAAAAAGAUCAAUGCUCUCACAGAGGCAUUACUUGCCAAAGGCCAACAGUCGGAGUCACCUUCUAAUCUCUCACCUGUGAACCGCCAAACAACACGCUCGUUGUCAGACCCCUCAAAAGCCGAAGAUACCCCUGUCACUUCAAACCCUAUGGCCACCUACGAUCGCAGGUUCAUACAGCCUGCCUUUCCAAGCUACGAAGGCGACGCUGUACCCGAACAGGAGACCUUCUGCAUGCCUCACACCAUUGGCCAGCUCAAAGAAAACUACGUGGACGUGGUGGAACGAGGUGACUUAAGUAUGGAAACCGCCACCGCCAUGUUCUAUCACUUCAAAGAGAAGAUGUGCGCCACCUCUCCCAUAGUGGUUAUUCCGCCUCGCAUGAGUGCGCAAGACCUCCGGGUACAGAAACCAACACUGUUUCUGACCAUUUUGACAAUUGCAAGCCCUGUCGUUCAACCUACAGCACAACCGGCCCUGUCCGUUGAAUUAAAUCGUCGACUGGCUGAGAAGGUCCUCUUCCACGGCGAAAAGUCACUGGAUCUAUGCCAGGCUCUUAUCUUGAAUUCUCAAUACUACAUCCGACCCAGAAAUGCGCGUGAUCUAGCCUUCAAUCAAUGUAUUCAUUCUGCAGUUUUGAUGGGUCUGGAACUGGGCUUCGGAAGGAGGAAAAAGGGUGAACUAAGAGGCUCACUAGAAGACGCUUUGGAAUCGAGGAGAACUUGGCUGGCAUGCUAUCUUGGUGCUGCAAGCGUUACAGCCCUUCUUCGUCUCCCGAGUCUAGUGAGGUACACAAUGCACCUCGAGGAAUGCAUGGCAUUUAUGAAGGACAACGGGUAUCCAAACGCAAGCGACAAGUGGCUCUGCGCUAUGGUCGGUCUACAACGACUCAUGGAGGAGGCAUCAGUUGCAUUCAAUAUGGACGACCCAACUGCAGACGUCAAUUUUCUCGAUCCCAGAAUCCAGUACCAGCUGAAAGGCUUUGAGCGACAAUUGGAGAUAUGGAAGAAGAAUCUGGAUGUUACGGUAGACAAGAGAUUGAUUCGACAUGUGGCCGCGUACACAAAUGUGUACAUCCAUGAGAUAGCUCUUCACCAGGAGCAUAAUGUCGAUGACUUCCGACUCUCAGACACGGUGCCGGCUCAACCGAAAAAUUCAGAUGGUUUCACCGCCUCUCAUAUUGACGCUCUGUCGACCAUCAUGAGAUCUACGCAUGAACUUCUUGACAUUUAUCUUUCCCUGGAGAUUGACUAUGCCCGCUCAAUCCCGAACCUGUACAUCGUGUGGAACACAUAUGCCAUGGUUGUGCUAAUCAAACUACAUUGGUUAAUAUAUGCCCCUGACUCCAAGCUGGGCGCAAUAUACUCCCCCGAGCUCAAGGUCACUUUUUACUUGGACGCGAUACUCACCAGGAUGGCCCAACUUGCAGAAGGUGGGCAAGCUCCUUGUGCCGAAGCAUUUGGAUUUGUUUGGCAGAAGCUCAAAAUGUGGCACAUGCAUCGGUCAGGGCAGUUCUCGGAAGACGAGCUGGAUGUCGGGGAUAUCGAGGCCCGUCGUCGACAAGCCACGAAUAACCUGUCUGGCCCUCUGAUGCAAGUCAUCGCCACGACCAAAGCAAAUAUUGCCACAGGCAUCAAUUCUGGCCCGAGACCAAUGACCCCGGCUUUCCUGACUGGAUACCCCCCGAAUCAGAAUUUCGAUAGGGCAAUUCCAUCGUCCAACCUCAAUGCGGCGUAUGACGCAGCCACUUACGGGAAUACAAACUGGGAUCAGUUCAAUUGGACGGCGGAAGAGUUGAAUUUGUUCGAUGUCAACAUGACAAAGGACUCAGGAUGGAUGGGGUAUCUACUGUGA